UGUUUGUUUGUGUUGUGCGGUGCGGGCUCCUGAGGACGCGGUUAGCAAUGCGGUAGCGGUUGUUGGAGCUUGUAAUGAAUCAAGAUUCCUCACUAAUAUAAUUUUAUUUUUCCAAUUAAGGGCUGUGUUCUGCCGAUGAUAUCGUUUUGCAAUGUACAUUACCCAGGUUUACCCUUAGAACAAUACCUAUUAUGAAAACACAAGGAAGCAGAUUGAGAAGCACAGAAUUCUCGGUGAAUGAAGCUUACGCCUGCGAACUUCACUUUUCAUCUACCCGUUACGUAGGGUACUGUUUAAACCAACGGGUCACAUUUAAAAAGCUGAAGGCGCUGCAGUGCAGACUGCAGAACACGUGGCGAACAAUGGAUCGAACGAAUGCGGCGGAGAAUCGGGUGAUUCCGUAAUUUUAGGUGCUGACGCUGCCUAUAUAUCACUGGGGUCAUAAGAACCAAAACCUUUCAUAUUAUAUUGAAUCUUAUACCUUUAACCAUAGCGUUUGAGACAGAUCUACCCAUUGUCUGCUUAAACAUGUUCAAUAAUCUUAUCUCCUGUUAUUUCUAGUGUAACCCGACGAUCGCUUCUGGUUCCACAGGCUCAUUUUAGAUCUCCAGUCAAAUGUUUUGCAGAGUUGUUUGAAAUGAAAAUACCGGUAAUUCCUAAUCUUUAGCAAUUCUGAACAUGUUUAAAUACAAUGGUCUGUAAUAAAGUUGGUAUGAUUUUAUCUGUACUUCAUUCCCAAACACGUUAUCUGUCGCGCAACUUAUCAGCUUCCUGAUAGAGUGAUACUGUGAUAGUAGACAGCACACUAAUGAUCUCGUUGCAACACAGAUGCCUCAGAUUCUAUUCUGACCAAUCCUAACCCAGUUUUACAUGUGAAUAGUUGGCAGUUGCUUACUCAAGUUCUCAGUCCCGCUGCUCAACGGUCAUCCUCAAGGCAGACCUGUGAUUCAAGUCCACCCAGCGCAGACACCUUGAAAAUAAAACAAUAAGAAGAAAUAUUUCUCGUCAUGGAGCUGUUGACUGACGACGCGGUGCUGGAAGUAGCCAAAUCUGCCGCUGGUGACGACGUCGAAGUCUUGCAGUGGCAUACGGAGUCGUUUGCUGCCAACUUCUGCCUCAUGCGGUCUUUGCAGAUUUCCAUCAAGAAAGACAAUCAUCCAUCAACGUUGAAUUUCAUGGUGAAACAUACGUCAGGGGAUUCUGACAUAUUCACCGCCUACCGACAGCGCGCGUUCAACAAGGAGAUAUUCUUCUACCAAACCCUCGCUCCGUUGCUGAACGAGGAGCUCGAAAAAGCUGGGGCUGAGCCGCUCAACGUUCCAAAAUGCUACUACGCCAGUUCGACGGCAGACGCGGCGCUACUGGUGCUCGAGGAUCUGCGAUCGCGAGGCUUCAGAUCGUCCAAGUUUUUGGUCGACGUCCCUCACGCAACGCUGCUGGUGCGGGAGGCCGCCAAGCUGCAUGCAGCGUCUCUGCUGCUCGCACAGCGCGACCCGCAGCCUCUGAACGAACGCUUCCCUCUGCUGGUCGAGUCUUGGACGCUCGGCAAGGAACACAGAACUCCCUUUGAAACUUACGUGCACGUGGGAACAACUGUCAUGGCGGAGCAGUUCUGCACGAGCGACCACCUGCGUGAACUGAGGCAGUGGCUGGAGCGCGUAGCGCCCCACAGCCUCCAGCUGCUCAUGCGGCAGCUGGAGCUCAUGCCUCACGCCGCUGUCAUCACACACGCGGACCUCCACACCAGAAAUGUGCUCUUCAGGUAUGAUGAUGCCGGGAAUCCAGUCGAAGUUGUGUUGCUCGACCUGCAAGUCGUGCGAGUGGCGUCACCGAUCGCUGAUCUCUCAUACUUCACGCACAUGUGCAUCUUGCCCGCUCAAAGGACCUCAGUUUUGCCACAGACACUAGAUGCUUACCACGAUACUUUACGAUCACUGUUGGAUAAGACGUCAGUACCAUUGCCUUUCACGCGAGCGCAGCUUGAAGACGAAAUGACCACCAGCCGAUUAGGGCUCCUGUAUACGAUUCUCCUGUUGCCCGUUGCUGUAAAAGCAAUAAACGCUGGCAGUUUCAAAAAAGAGAAGGAAAAUGAAGAAGAAACUUCGUCAGAGGGCACUGAAGGAAAACAUGGCGAGCAAGAUGCAGGGGCAGAGGCUGAUGAAGCGAAUGAGUCCAUGACAGAAAUCACCAAUCGUGGACACCUUGAGGAAAUACGGGAGCUUCUUGUGGAGACGGCUGAAUAUGCUUUCAGUUUGAAGGUACAUGAAGAAUUCGCUGAUUUCGAAGCCCAUCUUUGGAGAGAGGAAGUCAAAAUGUAAUUAUUAUGCUGAAAUGAAUUUUAUUUGAAUUUAUAUUUUUGGGAAGAAUCCGAACAGCUGGACUUCAAAUAAAAUACGAGCAUUCCA